UGAUUGGAGCCACCUCCUCAGAUCUCCUGAAAGGUUUUGUUGACCUGCUGAUGGCGUCACCCUCAGCCUCCUCCAUCUGAGCAGAUGAUUGAUUGUGAUGCAGGGAACGAGGGACUACAACCCCAAGCAGAUGGCCAUCAGAGAGAAGGUCUUCAGCACCAUCACCCGCUGCUUCAAACGCCACGGAGCUGAGACCAUCGACACGCCAGUGUUUGAGCUGAAGGAGACGCUGACUGGGAAAUAUGGAGAAGACUCCAAGCUCAUCUACGACCUGAAGGACCAGGGAGGAGAGCUGCUGUCUCUGAGAUACGACCUCACUGUACCGUUUGCUCGCUAUCUGGCUAUGAACAAGAUAACCAACAUCAAGCGUUACCACAUCGCUAAGGUCUAUCGCCGUGACAACCCUGCCAUGACCCGCGGCCGUUACCGAGAGUUUUAUCAGUGUGAUUUCGACAUCGCCGGUCAGUACGACGCCAUGAUCCCCGACGCAGAGUGUCUGAAGAUCGUCCAUGAGAUCCUCAGCGAGCUGGAGCUGGGAGACUUCCGCAUCAAGGUCAACGACCGACGCAUCCUGGACGGGAUGUUUGCCGUGUGCGGCGUUCCUGACGACAAGUUCCGAACCAUCUGUUCAACGGUGGAUAAGCUGGAUAAGAUGUCCUGGGACGAUGUGAAGAAGGAGAUGGUGAAUGAGAAGGGUUUGUCUGAGGAGGCUGCAGACCAGAUUGGGAGCUACGUCGGCCUGCAUGGGGGGAUGGACCUGGCGGAGCGCCUCCUGCUGGAUCCCCGGUUGUCUCAGAGCAAGCAGGCCUGUGCCGGCCUGUCCGACAUCAAGCUUCUCUUCAGCUACCUGCAGCUCUUCCAGGUCACAGACAAGGUGGAGUUUGAUCUGAGCCUGGCCCGUGGGCUGGACUACUACACCGGAGUCAUCUAUGAGGCGGUGCUGACGCAGGCCGGGGCCGCUCCGGCGUCCAGCGACGCCCAAAACGGGUCCGAAGAAGGUGUCAGCGUGGGGAGCGUCGCAGGAGGGGGCCGUUACGACGGCCUGGUUGGCAUGUUCGACCCAAAGGGCCGGAAGGUUCCGUGUGUGGGCGUCAGCAUCGGCAUCGAGAGGAUCUUCUCCAUCAUGGAGCAGAAGGCCGAGGCGUCUGCAGAGAAGGUCCGGACCACUGAGGUCCAGGUCCUGGUGGCAUCUGCCCAGAAGAACCUGUUGGAGGAGAGGCUCAGGCUAGUCACCGAGCUCUGGAACGCUGGCAUCAAGGCUGAGGUGAUGUACAAGAAGAACCCCAAACUGCUGAGUCAGCUGCAGCUCUGCGAGGAGACGGGGAUCCCCCUGGUGGCCAUACUGGGAGAGCAGGAGCUAAAGGACGGGGUGGUCAAACUGCGGGUGGUGGCCACCCGAGAAGAGGUUGAUAUAAACCGAUCAGACCUCAUUGCUGAGAUCAAGAAAAGAACCUCUGAGGCCUAAUCAGCCAUUCUGCUCCGCUUCAUAGAGCCUGAUGGAACUAGGCAUCAGUUUACAGACUGAGAUGAGUCCAGAACCCACAGCCUAUUGCGGUGUGGGUGGGGCUCAUGGUUGGCGGGACUUUCAGGUUAAAGCAUCCAGCUGCUCCAGGCUGCCUUCAGACCACCUCUCCUCCUUUCAGUGUUUAUCAUUUGGCUUUGUCUCUGCUUCAUACGUUCAUUAAAACUGUCCUGUCUAAAAC